AAAAAUCCAAUUGAGUUUGUGUUUUAUUAUCCUCUGCUCAAGUUUUUGAGCCCCAAAACAAACUCACUCGCUAACUCGGUCUCACCAUAUUAUUGUGUACAACCCCUCCUGUUUAUAUCUUGAAUUAACCCGCCAAUACGCUUCCCCGAAGGUUUCGAGUUCUGUUAUGUCAUGACUACACAAUUGAUGGAUUCAAUUGGCGUGGCAGAGGCUUCUGGACAGUCUGUGAGGUCCGAGGGCUCGAAAAGGCUUUCGGAGAAUGAGGAAUUGGACGUGAGGCUUGUUAAGAAGGCGAAAAAUGGAGGGGAAUUAGGUGAUCGUGUGAGGAAAGUGGCGGAGAUUGUGUUGGUGUUGGCCACAAUGGGGAAGAUUAGGGGAGGGGAGGUUCCGUCGGGUGUCGAGAUGGAGAUGAUGGAGGAUGCUAGAGCUAGGUUGGUGGAGGUUUCGGAGCAGUUUGCUCCUAAGGAUGUUUUUCCCACUCAGGUGUUUGGUUCGAUAAUUGAGGAUCUUGGUCUUGAUUGUUCGAGAGAGCGGAAGUUAGGGUUUCAACCUCCUAAGGUUUCGAUUGGUCAGAGGGUCAAUAUUACCAAGCAAAAGAUGGAGAAUUCAGAGAAAUAUGCUCUCCAAUCAGCUAAUUAUAUAUCUCAGGCAGCGGAAUCAAACAUACGCUCAUCAGUUCAAAUUCAUUCUGGUGUGCAAACAUUUUCUUUAGAGAAAACAAGUCCUGGACCAUCUUCAUUAGGUUUGCAACCUGUAUCAGCAUCAGGUCCUGUGUCUGCAGCAAAUUCCACAUCUUUACCAUAUCAGUUGCCCACCAGCGAAGUAAGACCCUCGGUUUCCAGUGGAUUGCCUAGCAGGAAUAUUGGAAAGCAUAAUUCUGCAUUGGCAUUGGCUAGAGCUGAUAGACCUUUUUAUACCUUAACCGGGAAAUCUAAUGGAGUUUCCUACACUUCACAAGUUCAAGCGAAUUCUUUUGGAGAUAACACAAAACCUCCAACAUGGACUGUGCAAUCACAAGCUUCCCCAUCAGCUAAAACUGUAUUAGAUAAUAAUGCAUCUUUCCAUGCAUCUAUAAAGGGAGGAGCUACUGGUAUGUCAACAAUGUCUAGACCAUUUAUGAAUCAGACCACAUCCGUGAAUCCACUUGGUGCACAUCAGCAUAUCCAGCAGGGUGCAAGAUUUGUACAGUCUCCAUCUCAAAGUAACAGCCAUGAUGAUAUUGGUAAAAUUGUUCAAAAGUUAUUGCAGCAACAGAUCUUAAAGCACCCCAUCUGGACUCCUCCUUCAAGGGAUUACAUGAACAAGUCUGUACCUUGUCAGAUCUGUAAGCUCGUCAUUAGUGAAGUAGAUAAUGUUCUUGUUUGUGAUGCUUGUGAGAAAGGGUAUCAUUUAAAUUGUCUCCAGAUGCUCAACCCAAAAUCUCUUCCUAAAGCCGAGUGGCAAUGUGGAAAGUGUUUCUCCCUCAGUGGUGGGAAGCCAUUACCCCCCAAGUAUGGUCGUGUCACACGCAACUCAACUGUGCUAAAAGUUUCUUCUCCUGCAACAGAAGUUCAUUUAUCUGCAGAUCAGAAUGUAGGUGUAAUUGAUGUCAAGGACAAAUUAAAGAGAACAGCAAUAAAUGUCAAUUCUGGUAUACAAAGUGCCCCUCCAGGUGCACUGGACAAGUCAAACCAUUCUUUAGCUACUGCACAGAUGGGAGAUGGGAAAAUAAUGCGUGGAAAUGGAGCAACAUCAACUGAAGGUGAAUGCGUCGAGGAGCAUCCUAGUAGAUGCAGCCCGAAUAAUUUAAUGAGAAUCCCAGGGGUUCCCAUUGGCACCAGUAAUCAUUUUGCAAUUGAUGCGGAACUGGCAGAUUUGAAAGUAAUGCAAAGGAAUGGCUCACUUUCCAGCAAUGGCAAAAAAGCUGGAGAGCAUCCUUCUGAACCUGUUGCAAAUAACUUAGUCGUGACCUUAGGGGCUAGUAAUGUUACACAUGAUGACCUUAAAGUAGAAAGAUUAACAGAAGAGAAACUAGAUCCAAAAUGUAACUCACAGCCUUCAGCAGAAUGUGUGGUGGUUGGCAGCACAUUUGAUGACUCCCAAACCUUGGGGCAUAAUAAAGACAACGUUCAAACGGAGUUAACAAACAGGUCUGCAAUUCCCUCAAAGCAAUGUCCCGAUACAAACACUAAGAUGCUGGAGCUCGGUAAAUCAUGUGGUAAAGACUUUGUGGAACAUAAGACACAUGAUAAUGCUGAUAAAGAUAACCAUGGAGUUUCAGUUCUUAAUCAUGUGGAAACUACUGGAACCGGUAUUGGGCCUGAAGAGCGUGGUGAAUCUUUAUCUGAUUGCUUGCAUGAUGUUGACUGGAUUGGUGAUAAAAUUCAGGUUAUGGAUGGAAAGACAUAUUACCAGUCCUACUCUACGAGUGGAGUCCUCUAUAAGGUUCAGGACCAUGCACUCUUUCGUAUAAACAAUAAUGUCUCGGCUCCUUUCAAGCUUCAGGGUAUGUGGGAGGAUAGCAAAACUAGAUCAAAGUGGGUUAUUGCAUCUCGGUGUUACUUUCCUGCAGAUUUGCCGGAGGGUGUUGGUCGUCCGUGUUCCCCGGAAAUGAAUGAGGUCUAUGAGUCUAAUCAUGAUACCAUAUUAAGUGCUGGAUUAAGCGAAGGUCUGUGUAAAGUUCUUCCUUCACGAACAUUUACUGAAGAAACUGAGAGAAGAACUCGUUUUGAGAUGGAAGGAAGUGAUAACUUAUGUCCACUCUACAUCUGCAAAUGGUUCUACGAUGAGAAAAAAGGGCUAUUCCGAGCUGUUACGGGUUAACUGCUAAGCUUUUAGGUCUAUUGUGUUGAUGAAUGAAGGCACAGGGAGCAGCUCACUUUUUAAUAGGCUUCGGAUGAAGUAGCAGCAAAGCUUUACGGGGGAGCCUCCUUGGUUGAUAGAGUAGGCGUAUAUGGUAUCUUGUGCAGUACCCAGCCAUUCUGAUUUAAUUUUUAUCAUUUUUAUACUGUAAUUCAAAUUAGAUUCCAGGUAGGGCCUUCGGUGUCAUAACAGUGUGAAAGGCAUGCCCACCCAUCAAGCAUAAUAAUGAUUAUAUAUUUUAAACAUGACUAAUCUCAUUCCUAGAUCGCAAUUAUGGUAUCUAAUACUUUUCUUGUAGAAAAAUUAAUUUAUUAAUUCUAACAAGUUUUUAGGCUGUGGAAGAGCUGAA